CCAGCGCCGCUCAUUCGUCUGGCUAUCCACCUGCCCGUCGGGCUUGGCCAUUUUGACAUCAUUAGCUCUGUCUACAAAAUUGCAGAGCAUUUUGGGUUCCGAAUUGUAAGGUUCAGGGCUAGAGGAAUUGGUGUCGGCUAUCGUGGUGGUUCCGACAAUAGCACUGUAUGCGAGUCCUCCUAUCAGUGUGUGCUCGACACCUCACCCUUGCCAGAUCCAUUUUCACACAUCCCUAUGGUAGGCGGCCUGUCUUGCCUGUUUUCUUCCGCAAAGCAUGCCUUCUCUUCCACGAGCUAUUCUAAUGAUGGAGAGGAGUUCGGAUCUUUGCGGCACGGUAAAGGGGAGGAACUGAGCAGUUCAUUUCCUUACUCGUCUUUGGGAAACUUGAGUUCGUCCCUGAAGAAAGAUCAGAGCCCCGCAUCGGUGUUUCAAGGGCCGGUUCAUGUGGUAGCAGCGGUGUUGAAUACUGGAGACUUGAGUCUUCCCAGCCUUCAGGGUUCUUUUCGGGCGGCGACUAGUGGCUUCUUUAAUGGAUUUGUUCGGCAUUCAGUUGCGUCCUUUGUGUAUUAUGAUUCACCUACUUUUCAACUGGAUGGUGGUUCACCUGAUGUUCAUUCUUUAUCUGUUCUGGCAGAUGAACUGCCAUUUAGUAUGGAGGAUAGCUUUAUGGAACCAAGCUCAGAAGCUUAUGCUAAAGAUUUGCUUCUGGAUGCUCAAUCGAGACACAAAAUAUUUAACGAAGUUAAAGUUGUCGAGGCUUUCAAUGAGGCCGAGAAAUCUUAUAGCCAGAUGCGGGCUAGCGGAGAUCCUUAUUUACAGCAUUGUGUGCAAACUGCGGUUUUGCUUGCAAUUAUUGGUGCAAACUCCAUGGUAGUUGCUGCAGGACCUCUGCAUGAUACACUUGAUGACACUUGUAUAAGUUAUGACUAUAUUUUCCAGACAUGGGAGCUGGUGUUGCUGAUUUGGUCCAAGGGGGAAAACCACGUUUUCUUUCCCAUUUUAAGUGCCGAAGCAAUUGUCAUUCCAAGUAAACUACGAUAUGUGACACUGGUAUCUAAGCUAAGUCAACUAAGUAAGCAUGCACGUGAGAAUAACACAGCAAGUAAUUCUGUAGAGGCAGAUCGACUGCACACCAUGAUUCUUGCAAUGACAGAUGCCAGGGUUGCCCUCAUAAAGCUGGCAGAUCGCUUACAUAAUAUGAUGACACCAGAUGCAUUACCAUUGGCCAACCAACAAAGAUUUGAAAUCUUUACUCCUCUGGCCAAUCGGUUAGGGAUAUUCAGUUGGAAAGAGAAACUAGAAAACCUGUCUUUCAAGCAUCUCCACCCAGAAGAGCACAAGGAACUCUCCACCAAAGUGAUCAAGUCCUUUGAUGAGGUUGCUAUUACUACAGCAGUAGAAAAAUUAGAGCAUGCGCUUGAUGAUACAGGUAUUCCUUACCAUAUUCUCGCUGGGAGGCACAAGAGCUUGUAUAGCAUCUACUCCAAAAUGCUGAAGUACGCUCCCUUCUCCCUAUAUUUUCCUCUCUCUAUUGUUGAAAAAGAAGAAGCUUGUUAUGAGGCACUGAGAGUUGUUCAUCAGUUGUGGUCUGAAGUGCCUGGAAAGCUGAAGUACUAUACAAAUCAUCCCAAAAUUAAUGGGUACCAAUCUCUGCAUACUGUAGUGAUGGGUGGGGACAUGGUUCCACUUGAAGUUCAGAUUCGAACAGAAGAGAUGCAUUUACAAGCAGAGUUUGGAUUUGCAGCUCAUUGGAGAUACAAGGAAGGCGAUUAUAAACAUUCUUCCUAUGUGAUUCAAAUGGUUGAGUGGGCUUGUUGGGUACUCAUCUGGCAGUGCAAGGCAAUGAGCAACAACAGGUCAACUAUCUGCAAUGCAGACUCUAGACCGCCAUGCAAAUUCCCUUUUCAUUCUGAAGGUUGCCCA